AAAUAUUUUCUAAACUUACAACGAUAAAAAAGAAAGAAAAUAGAAAAUCGACGUUCGUGGGAUUAUUGUGAGGGAUUCUACCAAAUAGUUUAAAUUUUCUUCAUGCUCAAAAAUCAAUAACUUAACAAGUAUACAUUUCUGCACAGCUGAGAGCUAAAAGAGUGUGUGAAUCUAUCCGUCCCUACUCUAUUAUUCACAACUAUAAUAUAUUCAUUUGUUCACUGUUAGAUUAGGAAACUUCACAAUGUUGAGAAAAUAUUUUAAUGGAUCACUGUCGAAUGAUGUGCACGAAUCAGUCAGAGAUGUCUGGGUGAGAGCAUUAGUCGAUCGUUACAGUGCACCUGACCGACGGUGUCAUGGUCUGAAUGAUCUGAACGACUGUUUGCAACAAUUUGAAACGGCCAGAAGCUUAGUAAAAAAUCCAAAUGCAGUGAUUUUAGCAAUAAUUUUUCGAUAUUUUGAAUAUGACCCUAAGUUAGCCGACUGCAGUGAAGACAAUAUCAAUCAUUUUCGAAGGUUCUCUGAAGAAUCAAAACUUAAUAUGGAUACAGUUUUGUGUGACAAUGUUAUUUCAUUAUUAAAAGUUGGUGCAACUAAUAGUACAGAAGAACAUAAAACUGAAGGGUGCUAUGGAUGUGAGGAUAAACAUUACUUCUUGGAUGUAGACAUGGCCAUUCUAGGUAUGGGACCGGCUGAUUAUGAAAAAUACACAAACCAUGUUCGAGAAGAAUAUGCUUUCCUUGAUGAAGAAACUUAUAAAGAAUUACGUAUAAAGGUUCUUGAAAGUUUUCUACAAAUUCCUAACAUAUAUGCAACAAAGUUCUACAGAGAUAAAUAUGAAUCAGUGGCUAGGAAUAAUAUCCAAAGAGAAAUUAAUUCCUUAAAAUCUGUAUCCAUGUAAAUAAUUGAUGUGUCUAACACAGGUUUCUAUAGUGUAAUUAUAGACAUAUAAAACGAUAUGUUUUAUCUGUCUAUGAAUUUACUAGAUUAGCAACUCUAAAUAAAACAAAAACAAAAAAAUUGAAUCUCCUCCACAAUGUUUUAAGUUGGAAAAAUUGCUUACUAUUUAUGUAAUAUACCGAAACACUGAUGGAAUACAUAAUGUCAUGUCCAUGUCCAAUUCCCAACCAAUGAAAUGGUGCAACAAAAUUAAUUUUAUAAUACGAGCUGCUUAUCUAGUU